UAUAUUAUCAUCAUAUAUUGAUAUAGAAAAGUUUCCAAAAUGUUUAGCAUGAUACCAACAUUUAUUUAGAAUCUACUAUCAUAUAGUAAAGAUAUCACCAUUGGGCGAUAUCCUGCUACGUACAUAGAAUAGAACUUUUCAUUAACCAGCAAUUAAUAUUUUCAUAUAUCUAAAUUGCCAAAAAAAACAGAUAACGAUACAUAGAUACAUAGAAAGAAGACUAAAAUAGGAAACCUUAACGACUUUUAUUCUUCUUUUUUUUUCCCUCAUCGACUUUUAUUCAUAUGGGUCACAAAAGAUAUAGUAUCAUGCUAAACAUAUAAAAGAAAAAAACGUUUUUUCACCACCCAAUACCCUCCAAUUUUUUUUGUUUCUAAGGUUUCUCAAGAACAAUUACAAAUAACAAAACAUCUUUAAUCUAAAUCGAUGGAGUCAUCUUCCAAUCACAUGGCAUGUCUCUUGAAGAUAGAAUCUCCUAUGCCGGGAUGGAAGAAAUCUUUGGAAAAAUUACUCAAGACAAUUAAUGAUGUGAGUUUUAUGAUUGACAAGCGAAGCAAAACAGUAUAUGUAUCUGGAAAAAUCGAUCCACAAUUAAUACUUGAAAAGAUUACAAAAGGAGGCAUAAAUGUUGUUUUAGUAUGGAGCAAUAAGGGACAGAAUAAACAGAAUCGAAAAGAGUAUUUGAUGGAACAAUGUUAUGCGUCGGGAUACAUGAAUGCUCCUAAUGGUUUCUCAAAUCCUCAACCAUACAUUCAAACUUUUGCUCCUCCACCGCCAUAUACACGUCAACUCCAUCCACAGCCACCAGCACCACCACCGUACGAGUUUCACCAGAAGGAACCAGUGGCUAAGAGUUUUCCGCCUACGCCAGCUCCGCCUAAAAACUUUACUAUGGGAGAUUUGCAAUUAGGAUGCAGAAUAAUGUGAAAACCUACGAUGUUGGUGUUUUUUUUAAUCAUUCGUUAAUGUCAUAUAGUAUAGAUUUGGAUUUGACCAGCAAAUCUAUUUACUAGUGGGUUUUUAGGAGGCAUUGCAACCCCAUUGAGCUAAACCCGAAGAAAGACCUAAUCCGAACAAUCGUAAUCUAAAAAACUAGAUCUUUGAGGUUUAGAUAUCUAAAUUUUCUGCCUACUUUCUACUCAUUUUUUGAGGUUUAGAUAUCUAAGUUUUAUGGUUAUUCAUGUCAUCUAAACCAGAUUAAAACCAAACCGAAUACGAGAUUGGUAUGAGCGGAUUAUGAAUGCUAUACUAAACAAAUACGUCCACAAACGUAACCCCGCACGAGUAAUACGUCUACAAAAAAAUAUUAAUACCAUAUCCGACCCUUACCCACGGGUAUAGAAUUACAAUACCUUUUAUCCGAUCCUAAAGUCACAAUACCUUUUUUUGAGACUGGUACGAGUCAGUUAACAGAUUGAAUACGGGUAAUGGGUAUCAGUGCCAAGUCCUAAAUUGAAUACGGGUAACGAGUAUCAGUGUCCAGUCCUAAAUAGUAAAUACUAUAUACAAAAAUACAAACACAAACAAAACC